CUCCUCCUUUCUCCCCCAAAGCCGAGCUGUGUCACUAGUGAACUAAGGCUGAUGAAGAGACCUGAGCACACUGUGAGAUGCUCAGCUGUAAUACAGGCACUGGCAUUUUCUACUGAAGCAGGUUCUGAGACACUGACUUGCAGAGUCUAACAGAUGCUGGCAGGGGCACCUGCUUGCUGGAACCAAAGCUACAGAUUCCUUUAAUUCCAAGCCAUGAAUGAAUCCAGGUGGACUGAAUGGAGGAUCCUGAACAUGAGCAGUAGCAUUGUGAAUGUGUCUGAGCAUCAUUCCUGCCCGCUUGGAUUUGGUCACUACAGUGUGGAGGAUGUCUGCAUCUUUGAGACAGUUGUUAUUGUCUUACUGACAUUUCUAAUCAUCGCUGGGAACUUAACAGUCAUCUUUGUCUUUCAUUGUGCUCCACUGUUACACCAUUAUACUACCAGCUACUUCAUACAGACAAUGGCAUAUGCUGACCUCUUCGUUGGAGUUACCUGCUUGGUUCCUACUCUGUCCCUUCUCCAUUACUCUACAGGUGUCCACGAGUCAUUGACUUGCCAAGUGUUUGGAUAUAUUAUCUCAGUUCUAAAAAGUGUUUCUAUGGCCUGUCUUGCUUGCAUCAGUGUGGAUCGCUAUCUUGCAAUAACCAAGCCUCUUUCCUACAAUCAACUGGUCACCCCUUGUCGCCUGAGAAUUUGCAUUAUUAUGAUUUGGAUUUACUCCUGCCUAAUUUUUUUGCCUUCCUUUUUUGGCUGGGGCAAACCUGGUUACCACGGUGACAUUUUUGAAUGGUGUGCCACAUCUUGGCUCACCAGUGCCUAUUUUACAUGCUUUAUUGUUUGUUUACUUUAUGCUCCUGCUGCCUUGGUUGUCUGCUUCACUUACUUUCACAUUUUCAAAAUUUGCCGGCAGCACACCAAAGAGAUAAAUGACCGGAGGGCCCGAUUCCCUAGCCACGAGGUAGAUGCCUCUCGAGAGGCAGGACACAGCCCCGAUCGUCGCUAUGCCAUGGUUUUAUUUAGGAUAACCAGCGUGUUUUAUAUGCUAUGGCUUCCAUAUAUUAUUUACUUUCUUCUAGAAAGUUCUCGUGUCUUGGAUAAUCCAACACUGUCCUUCUUAACCACUUGGCUUGCCAUAAGCAAUAGUUUUUGUAACUGUGUAAUAUACAGUCUCUCCAACAGUGUUUUCCGCCUUGGCCUCCGAAGGCUUUCUGAAACAAUGUGCACAUCUUGUGUGUGUGUGAAAGAUCAGGAAGCACGAGAUCCCAAACCCAGGAGACGGGCAAAUUCCUGUUCCAUUUGAAGAGAACUGCACAGGAAAUAAAAUGUAAUGUGACAGUGAUUUUGGACUGUAUUCUUGAUUCACUUGGAAAUUUGCC